UACAGUGGUUGUUUGAUGCAAAUGUAUUUCUACAUGACUUUCGCCAACACAGACAACUAUCUCUUGGCUGUGAUGGCCUAUGACCGUUAUAUGGCCAUCUGCCACCCACUGCUUUAUGCCGUACGAAUGAGCCACAAGCGCUGCCUCUUACUUGUGGCAAUCUGUUGGCUCCUGGCAUCCCUCAAUUCUGUGCUGUAUACUUUGGUAAUGUCCCCUCUCUCUUUCUGUUCCUCUAAGGAGAUCCCCCAGUUCUUCUGUGAGUUCUUCCCUUUGUUACGACUGGCAUGCUCAGACACAAGUGUUAUAGAAACUAUUUCUCUGAUUGAGAGCUAUGUAGAUGUAUUGGGUCCAUUUAUCCUCAUUGUGAUCUCCUACAUCUGCAUUUUCUGCACCAUUCUUAGAGUCCCGUCCACAAAGGGGAAACAAAAGGCUUUUUCCACAUGUGGUUCUCACUUGGGUGUGGUAGCCCUCUUCUACGGCACCCUCUGCUGGGUCUACCUGCAGCCAAACUCCAGGAGUCCAGAACAGAACAUGAUUUCUUCUCUCAUGUACACAAUGGUGACUCCCAUGCUCAACCCAUUCAUUUACACACUUAGAAACAUGGAGAUAAAAGCUGCUCUGAAAAGAUUUAUUGGAAGGAUAAAAAAGGCCAAUUUACUUCAGUUCUUUCUCUGUUCCUCAAAAUCUGCAGUUCUGUGA